AUGCAAGAAGUAAAUGUUAAAGUUGCAGUCCGGGUACGUCCACUUCUACCCAAAGAGAAAAUUUCAGGUGAAAAACGUUGCGUUAGGGUUUUUCCUGACACGAAUCAGGUUGUGCUGGGAACAGACAAAGGAUUUACAUUUGACCAUGUUUUGUCUCCUCAGUCAACACAAGGGGAUGUUUACCAAAGUGUUGAGCCUUUGGUUGAAAGCUUAUUUGAAGGCUAUAACGCAACAGUUUUUGCCUAUGGGCAGACAGGUUCUGGAAAAACCUAUACUAUUGGUGGUGGUAAUUUGAGUUCUAUGACAGAACAAGAGCAAGGCAUCAUACCAAGAGCAGUGAAACAGAUGUAUAACUUAAUGAAUUCUAAACCUACAGUUCAUUUUGCUGUGAAUGUGUCUUAUAUUGAAAUUUAUAUGGAAGAAUUGUGUGAUCUUCUUGAUCUGGACAACAAGAAUUUACAUGUCCGUGAAGAUGAGAAAGGAAACACAGUUAUGUGGGGUGUCCAAGAAGUGCCGUGUCAGAGCAUGGAAGAUGUCAUGUCUUGUUUGGAAUCGGGAACAGCAUUGCGAAGAACAGGCUCAACUCAAAUGAAUGAACAUUCCAGUCGAUCACAUUCUGUCUUCACAAUCUUCAUUGAUAGCAAUCAGAAAUGGACUGACAUAGAUGUAAUGGUCAAUAAACCUGGUGAUCAGCUAACAAGCUGUUCACAAUCAACAGAUACAGAAAUUUCUCAUUGUAUUUCCGCCAAAUUUCAUUUUGUUGACCUGGCUGGCUCAGAACGUGCUCACCGCAUUGGAAAUGUUGGGGAAAGAUUUAAAGAAUCGGUGCAUAUCAACACGGGACUUUUGGCCUUAGGAAACGUUAUUAGUUCCUUGGCGGAUCCAAAAAAAAAAGCCAAACACAUUCCUUAUCGGGAUUCUAAAAUUACAAGAAUUUUAAAGGAUUCCUUAGGCGGGAAUGCACAAACUCUUAUGAUUUGCUGCAUCAGCCCUGCUGCUUCCAGCUUCGAUGAAAGUUUAAAUUCCCUGAAAUAUGCAAAUCGGGCAAAAGAUAUUCGAAACAAACCAAUUGUUAAUCGAGACAGUCAGUCAAUAAGAUUUGAAAAAAUGCAGACUGAAAUCAUUAAUCUGAGAGAAGAGCUUGCUCGAGAGCGAACCCGGUUGUUUAAUAUGGCUGACAAUGAUGCAAUCAUUGAUACCCAGAAUCAUGUUAGAGACCUCCAAAAUAAUAUCAGCAGGCUCCAAGAAGAAUCUUCACAAUAUCAGUUACUGUCUGAAGAAGCUCAUAAACAAUUAAUCAAGAUUAGGAAUAGAAACAUUUUGUCUGAAAGCCUAAGUUCAAGUCUUAAAAACUGGCUUGACUUGAGAGGAGAGGUUAAACGAAAAAUGGCCACCAUAUCAAAUAUAUCUGAAAAGUACAGCAAUGAAAAAAUGAAAGAACUUCAGUCUGAGAUUAAAACGUGCCAGGAACAUUUGAUUAAUGAUGAAGAAAUUUUUGCCGAGAAAACAAAAGAAGUCAAUUUACUCAAAGAAAAAUUAAAAGAAAUGGUGGAAGCCAUUAAAGAAAGAGACCAGUGUUUGGAAAUUGCAGAAAAUAAAAUUCAACAACAACAACACCAACUUCUUGAACAGCAGAUACAAUUACAUGAUUUAAAUGCAUCACACAAAAUCACCUCAGACUUAGAUGUUUUAUCUGCUGUACGGAAACCACUGACUCGACCACAAACUGUUCCUCCAAAACAGAACUUAUCUCGUCCACAACCUCCAUCACGCCAAAUCCACACAAGUCCAGCGUUAUUCUCUUUAGAACAUGUUAUGCAGAACUUUCGGGCAAGAAGUCAACUUAUGAUUGUCAACUUAGAAGACAAUGAUGAAGUACUGCAACAAAGUUUUGAUGAUAACAGCAUCACAGAGGAUGUGGUUUCAAAUGAUAACAGAGAUUCAGCAGAUGCAUUUGGAAACAGAAAUAAAGGCCAUGUUGGUAUGUUAAGACGUACUGCAACAUUCAAGAAAGGGCCUCUUCAUAAUAACAACACUCAAGAUGGUUCAUGUUGUGAAGUUUCUGUUCGACAUUUGAACAGAGACAGCAUGGAUGGAUGCAAGAAUAGACAUUCACCAAAUUCUUCUUUGACUUAUGUUCAUGUCUCUGACUUGCAUCAACAAAAGGUCAAGGCAAAUGAACUGAAACUGAAAGAAUCUAACCAAAGACUUAAUGACUUAGCAGUUAACAUUCGCCUAAAAGAACAAUUUGUACGAGAGUUACUCAAGAAAGAAAAAGAUGCAGCACUCCUUAAUGAACAAUACAAAAAUAAAAUUAAGGAACAGGAAAAGGAGAUCACCCGAGUACAAAAAGAACUGAAUGAAACACGACAAAACUUACAGGAAUUAGAAAGCCGAGGCCACAAUGAAGAAAGUGAACAAAGAAAAAUGUAUUUAAAAGUAAUCCAAGAGGCUGAACUUAAAAUCUCUGCUUUACAUAAGCAGCAAAAAGAAACUGAAAAAGUUGCUAAUCUGAUGACACAAAAUGAAAAAAAGAUUGAAGAUUUAAAAUUGUCUGUUUUGAAGAUGAAACAACAACAUGACAAUUUACAAAAACGGCUCAAAGAAGAAUAUGACCAAAAACUAAAACUGGAGCGAGGAAUGCAGCGAGAAAUGCAUCGAGUGAAACAACUUGAACAACAGAAUCUUCAACAGCAAAAAAUCCUGAAAAGAAAAAAUGAGGAAAUUGCCAAAGCCCAACGGAAACUUCGUGGAGCUUCCUUACCUCGGAUUAAUAUGGCCUCACAAGAUUCUUUCGAUGAAAAGAAACGUUGGCUUGAUUUAGAAAUUGAAAAGAUUUUAGAACAACGGCAACGUCUUGAUGAACUUCAGCAGGAGUUGAGAAAGAAAGAAGAAAUUAUUGUCAAGAAAGAAGCGAUGCUUGCAGAAAAAAGGACCGAAGAAGAACAAGAUGAAAACAAUUUGAUGGCUGAAGUUGACAAAUUGAAAGAUAUUCAAGAGAAAUUGAAGAAGCAAGUGAUUGGAAUGAAUGAAAAGUUACAAGAUGGAGUUUUGUUAUCAAAUCAUGAAGAAAGAAGACUUAUUGAAUUGGAAGAAGCUGUAGAAGAAUUAAAUGCUGCUAUUGAAUACAAGAACAAAGCAAUUGAGAGCCAGCAAAUGGAAUUGAGACAGUCUUGGUUUACGACACAAAAUGACACUGCCAUUUUGAAUUUCUUCAGUACACUGAAUCCAACAGAGACCCGAUCCCUUCUUUCAAGAUAUUUUGAAAAAGUCAUCACUUUACGGGAAUCUGACAGAAAAAUAACAAAAGAAGUUCAUGAACUUGAGAUGAAAGUAGAAGAACAAGAACAGCUUUUGUUUGAGUCACAGAAUGCUCUCCAGAAAGCAGCAAUUGAGAUGGACCGUAAACUCACCCAGCAGCAACAACAAUAUGAACAAAAAAUUGGUGUGUUGAUGCACCAACUUGCACAGUCCCAUAGUGAUACAGGUUCAGAAAGACAGACAAGUCUCAAUACAAAAAUUUACCAACUGGAAAAAGAAUUAUAUUAUUACAAGAAAACGAGCCGAGAUUUAAAGAAGAAACUGCGAAUCUUUGAGAACAAAUUAGCAAAUAAGUCUGGGGACAUUUUGGAAGAGAGCUCUAUCUUUAAUAAAAGCAUUUCUCAAUCAGUUGCAAGCAGAGAUUUUGCCGAGAAAUCUCAAAAUGAAGAACUGAAUGCUGUGUGGUGUGGACCAAAUAAAAAACAAGAAAUAAAGAAUUCCAAUGAUGAUCGUUUGCUGUAUCCAUUAGCUGCUUCUGCCAAAGGUUCUAAAUCUUUGCAAUUCCAAGAUUCGCUUGAAGACUGA